GUCGCGACGGACACUAUUAGCAUCGCAAACCUUCAUCAAGGUACAGCGCUUGUCAGACAACAACCUGUGAGAUGUCACCAGCAGCUGAGCUGAAAGGAGGCCGAGGCCCAGUGAAAGGCAUGUCGAGGAGCUCUCCCGCAGCCAGGUGUACUGUAACCGCUGCAGACCAUCCCAUUAUGAGCCCACUCCCGUGUCUCCACUGUGUCUGUACUGGAUCAGCACUCAGCCACCUACGGAACCAGGAAACACAAAGUGGAUGUAGGUGGGACCACUUCACCUCAAAUGGACUGAAUACUCACGACGCUGGGACUUGUGGAAUUUGAACAGGUCACUGGGCCUGGUUCUGGAGCGAUGGAGUCAAUCAGGGGUACCGGUCUGAUAAUCUGAUCUGAGAGCAUAGUCACGUUCACCCCACGUUGGUGCGAAGUUCCUCUGCUCACCUGAACAUGGAGUCUGUAGCUGCCAGGAUGGCGAUGGUGACCGACUCCCCGAACUUGUCGCUGCGGUCCAGGACCACCGUGACGACAGAUGGAGACUCCUUUCUGAGUUCAGCAAGUCUUCCCUGCACUCACUUCCUGUCAGCCAACGUCAUCCAUGUUGUGGAGAAAUGUAUGAGCUCCAUGCAGAUGGGAACCCAGAUGGUGAAGCUCCGUGGCAGCUCCAAGGGACUGGUGCGCUUCUUCUUUUUGGACGAACACAAGUCCUGCAUCCGCUGGAGACCUUCGCGCAAGAACGAAAAGGCCAAAAUUUCUAUCGACUCCAUCCGAGAAGUCUGCGAAGGGAAGCAGUCGGAGAUUUUCCAACGCUACGCUGAGGGAAGUUUUGACCCCAACUGCUGCUUCAGCCUCUACUAUGGCGAACACAUGGAGUCCCUGGACCUGGUCUCCGGCACCGGCGAGGAAGCCAGAACCUGGAUCACGGGCCUGAAAUACUUGAUGGCCGGCAUCAGUGAUGAGGACAGCCUUGCCAAAAGGCAGCGCACCAGGGACCAAUAUCCUUUACCUGACCUGCCAACUGAUGAGGAGCUGCUGACAGCUAUUAGUCAUGUCUGUGGUGGCUAUUGCUUCCUUAACAGCGACAUCACAUGGCUGAAGCAAACCUUCACGGAGGCCGACAAGAACGGCGAUGGCAGCUUGAGCAUCAGCGAGGUCCUGCAGCUCCUGCACAAACUCAACGUCAAUCUGCCCCGACAGAAGGUCAAACAGAUGUUCAAGGAGGCAGACACUGAUGACAACCAGGGGACGCUCGGCUUUGAAGAGUUCUGCUCCUUCUACAAAAUGAUGUCCACUCGCAGAGACUUGUAUCUUCUCAUGCUCACCUACAGCAACCACAAAGACCACCUGGACACGGACGACCUUGCCCGCUUCAUGGAGACAGAGCAGAAGAUGACCAAAGUCAGCAAAGACCACUGCUUGGAGAUUAUCAACAAAUUUGAGCCGUGCUCAGAGAACCAGAAGCAAGGAGUUCUGGGCAUUGAUGGUUUUACAAAUUACAUGAGGAGCCCAGCCGGAGACAUCUUCAAUCCAGAGCACUACAACGUCCACCAAGACAUGAGCCAGCCGCUGUGCCACUACUUCAUCGCUUCAUCGCACAACACCUACCUGAUGGGGGACCAGCUCAUGUCCCAGUCCAGGGUGGACAUGUACGCCUGGGUGCUGCAGGCCGGCUGUCGCUGCGUAGAAGUGGACUGCUGGGACGGUCAGGACGGGGAACCCAUCGUUCAUCAUGGCUACACGCUUACCUCAAAGAUCCUCUUUAAGGACGUCAUUGAGACCAUCAACAAGUAUGCCUUCGUCAAGAAUGACUACCCUGUCAUCCUGUCUAUCGAGAACCACUGCAGCGUCCCCCAGCAGAAGAAGAUGGCCCAGUACCUGAUUGAUAUUCUGGGGGACAAACUGGACGUGUCCAACAUCAAAGCAGCCGAAUCUGGACGGCUGCCGUCACCAGAAACACUCAAGGGCAAGAUCCUAGUCAAGGGGAAGAAACUGCCCCCCAACAUAGAUGAGAAUGCAGAGGAGGGAGACGUGUCCGACGAGGACAGCGCCGACGAGAUGGAGGACGACUGCAAGCUGAUGAACGGAGAUACCACAGCCAACAGGAAACAAGUGGAGAACAUGGCCAAGAAGAAGUUGGACAACCUGAUGAAGGAGUCGAAGAUCCGAGACCGAGAAGACCCGGACAGCUUCACCAUCGCUGCUCUGCCACCUGCUGGGAAGGAUUCAGACACUGCUGGCUCAAAGAAUAAAGGGGAGGAUGGAGGCGACACAGCGGAUGAGGUCUGUGGGAACAAGCGCACGAGCCGAUCCUUCAUUGGGAGCUUCUCCAAAAGAAAGCAGAAAAAGUCGUCCAAGCUGAAGAAAACGUCCAGCUUUGAGGACACGGACACAGACCCGGAGAGCACCAGCAGCGCCUCCAAAGCUCCUUUACAUCACAAGAAGAAGAAAACCAUGAAGUUAUCCAGAGCUCUCUCUGACCUUGUCAAAUACACCCGCUCUGUCGGGCUGUACGACAUCGAGUUGCAAGCACAAGUGGGCUGCAGCUGGCAGGUGUCGUCGCUGAGCGAGACCAAGGCUCAUCAGGUGAUGCAACAGAAAGCCACCUCAUUCAUCCAGUUCAACCAGCGGCAGCUCUCGCGCAUCUACCCCUCGUCUUACCGGGUGGACUCUUCCAACUUCAACCCUCAGCCCUUCUGGAAUGCUGGCUGCCAACUUGUUGCACUCAACUACCAGUCCGAGGGGCGGGUGCUGCAGCUCAACAGAGCCAAGUUCUACGGCAAUGGCAACUGCGGCUACAUCCUCAAACCCUCCUGCAUGUGUGAAGGUGCCUUCAAUCCCAGUCUGGAGGACCCACUGCCGGGUCAGAUGAAGAAACAGCUGGUCUUGAAGAUCAUAAGUGGCCAGCAGCUGCCCAAACCUAAGGACUCCAUGCUGGGAGACAGGGGCGAGAUCAUCGACCCCUUCGUGGAGGUGGAGAUCAUCGGCCUCCCAGUGGACUGCUGCAAGGAGCAGACCCGCGUGGUGGACGAUAACGGAUUCAAUCCGAUGUGGGAGGAGACUCUGGUGUUCACAGUGCACAUGCCAGAGCUGGCGCUCAUCCGCUUCCUCGUGUGGGACCAUGAUCCCAUCGGCCAGGACUUCAUUGGACAGCGCACCAUCGCCUUCAACAGCAUGAUGCCAGGUUACCGGCACGUUUAUUUGGAAGGUAUGGAGGAGGCGUCCAUAUUUGUUCAUGUAGCUGUGAAUGACAUCACUGGUAAGGCCAAAGCAGUCAGCGGCAUAAAAGGCCUGUUUCACAGAAACCCAAAGCAGGCUUCCCUGGACAGCCAUGCUGCUGCACAGCAUAGCCGCAAGCAUCCGUUUGGCGCCCACCUCCUGCGCCGCACGGCCAGUGCACCCACCAAGGGUCAGCCCAAAAUCAAGAAGGGCUUUCCAGAGAUUGCCAUUGACACCAAAGACUACAGUUCAGAAGGUGCGAGUGAGGACGACAAGGCCUCUGCUGCUUCAUCCCACCAGCCCCCGACACCACAGCAACGCAACGGGGAUUCUCUAACAUCUCACCAAGCCAAGGGACCUCGGGAGCAUCCUGACACCAACGGGGCGUUUCACCCCAGUGAGGGGAAAGACUUUUCCACCGCGCAUGGACCAGCUACCCGUCUGCGUCUUGUACAUAAUUCCAAAGACGCUGGAAACAAACAUUCGAAUCAGGAAUCUUCUGUCUCCGCACCGCAGUCGCCACUCAGCCCAGUAAAGCCAGACUUCCUGUUCACCCCUCACGCCACCGGACAGCCGCAGAGCUCUGACAAAAACAGCGGAGACGAUAAGCAGGAGCUUUCAUCAGUCUCUGGCACGGAGUUGCCCCCUUCAGCUCAACCAUCCGUCACAUCACUUGGCACUCUGGACCCCCGCGCCAAGGACUGUGAUGGUCUAUCCAAGGAGUGCGUUCCCAAGCAGAGCAGUCAGCUGAGAGAUGGUGGUGGAGUAGAGUCAAAGACUGGUCUAGGUGUGGCACCCCUUCCGGCAGCAAUGUCCACAAGGGCCGCUGGAGUCCCUGCACUUCCAACAGGCCACGCCUCCAGAGGGCCACUCAUUCCCGUUCACAUGCCUGUAAGACGAACGAAAAGUGAGGGCCACGUUCUUUCGACCGGGCAGGUCCACUCGGCUACGCCGGUCGUGUGUACAGAUGCCACUAUGAAUGACCGCCUUUGGAGCAAGCUGGAGCCUGGCAGUCACAGAGACAGCAUGUCCUCCUCCUCUAGCAUCUCCUCCAGCGACACAGUCAUUGACUUGUCAAUGCCAAAUUUGGCCAGGAAGAGCUUCACUGGUCUGCCGCCGGCUGGUGGCUCCGAUGACCCCCAGUGGGUCAGCUACCGGCACUCGGCGAUGGCCUCAUUUGAUGCCCUGCGAGUCAGCAAGAGCAAGUCAAACCCUCAUCUUCCCCAGAGCGAGUUUCCCAAAGACGAGCCCAUUCAGAUGAGCCAGGAAACUCCUGAGGACCUGCCGAACAGACUGACCCAGAGGAGGCACACCUGGAGUCGCCUCUACAUGGAAGAGCUCAAGCAGUCAUCAGCGAAGAAGAAAUCCCUGGCAGCAUCGACUCAAGCAACAUCUUCCAUGUCCAAAAGCCUUGGUGAUCUAACAUCCGAGGACAUUUCCUGUAACUUUGACAGCAAGUACCGCAGCAUCAGCAGGAGCUUCAUCGUUCGGCCCUCAAGAGAGCAGCUACGCAGAGGAAGCCCACAGAAAGCCCGCCCCCCCAACGACCUGACAGAGCAGCUCCGCAAACUCACCGAUGUAGAGCCUCUGAGCGAGAAUGACUUUCUGCAAGCUAACACGCCAAGAGAAGCACAGGAUGAGCCUGCGGACGAAACUCUCGUUCGGAGGACAUCCUCGAGGAGCCAAAGUAGGGUCCGUUACAUCGCUAACCGGGCCAAGAAGGCACAAGAACGGCAGCGACUCCAGAACCUCGCCCAAGGCAGAAGCGCCAGCUUCAGUUGUGGCGAAAGCAUCGGCAGUCGUUUUGGCCCCAUCGAGGAGCGGGGAAAUCCCGAAGGAGCAUGUUGUGUAACCCAGAGUCCCUGCAACACCUCGGACCUGCUCUGUCACGGCACCCAAUUCGUACCCCCGACCAGAAGGUUGCAAUCCUCCCCAGACCCUCAAAACAGCGAAGUGGUUUUCAUGCUCAAGCUCUGAGACACGGCGAUACCUGGAGCUGAGCAUGACACAAACCAAGGGACUAGCCAACCAGUCGCUUGCUUUUUUUAAAAGUGGAAUUUUUAAAUCUUGCAAAAUGUGUCCAUCGUGUGUCGGAGCAAGAUGGUUUUUAACCCACAGUCAGAGUUCUUCUGAUUCUUAGACUAACGCCAGAAUGUAUUUAGUUUAAAUACAGGCAUUUUUAUACACGUCUUUAUGUUGACUCUCGUGUGAGCAUUUUUGAUCUCGACAUGAGCGUGCAGUAGCAAAGGUUUGACACUAGUGGGCAGCAUUUAAAGUGAUUUUUAACUUACUUGAACUGUCAGUUGGAACUCGGGACGCCUCGUGGGCAUGUUUCCAGUCGCCCGUCCAUCAAGCAAUACUUGGAAAUAAGCGGCAUGGAUACCAUUUUGUAUGCUGAAUCCCAAGCUCAUGGCUACGUGAACAAAAAGACAAAAUGGAGAUAUUCCUACAAUGCAGGAUUUCAUUUUUAGUAUUCCUUGUGUCGUGCUUACGUUGUAAUGUGACCAAGACGACCGUUCGCUCCCCUGCAGCAUGACAGCCCGUCUCUACUGCAGUCCAGCCACAAUACCACUGCAUGUGUUGGUGUACUGUUUUAUAUUUUUAUUUUUGCAAUGAUUUUAUUUUAUUUUUUUUUAAAUAGGAUGUGAGAUACCUAACUUUUGCUUUGAUAGCGGUCACAUCACAUCGGUCUGUGCUACUAAAAGAGGAUCUGUAUCGGAGCAUGAUAAAUUGUCGAUCUGCUGUAUUGUUUGCACUGCCAUGGAAGUUCCUUAACUCGGACAAUGUGUGUUCAUGACCUGAAUAAAUUCCAAGCAAAUAUUAAA